UGCAAGAAAACCUAUUUGACAGGUUAGUGCUCAGUUUCAUAGAUGAAGUAUUUAAGCUUUAUAUUAACAAAGGAGCUAAUCCAAAAUCAAUGACAAAACUCACUAUUUACAUUUAAACCUCAAGUCUAAAUGGAUUUUAGAUAUUGUGAAAGACCUUUAUUGAACUUUUGUUUAUAAAAUUUUGUAGGAACAUAAUACAUUUUUUUAUUACAGUAAAGUUCUGACCAGCUAUUACGUAUACAUAACAUAGCAAAGGUCAAGUAUUUCAUGUUUUAUCUGAUUUGAAAGCUAGAGAGAAACAGUAACAUUGUUUCUUUUAUGAAACUCAGACAGUUACACAACCAAAUUUCAAUAUAUAUUUACAAUGGAAUAUUAUGGAUUUUAUUAUGCACUGUAUGUUUUAAUUCACAAAUACACCGAAGAUUUCAAUCACUAAAACUUUUAUUAUCAUGUCAUGAAUUUCCAGGACUUUCCCAAGCUCAGCUGUUGGGUUUCCUGUAAGCAAAUACUGUCCACUUUCAUUCCCACACAGAACAGAUCGACAGGACUGGACAGGUAGCCUGUUUACAGUGAGGAUUUUUAAAUAAUUUGAAACCGGAAUGAUGAAACAUACUAGAACCAGAAAAAUCUGUGUGAAAAAUGAAGGUAUAAACACAAACAAGGAAGAGCUAAGAAGCGUGAGAGACACGGUUAUACGGUGGAAUGGAAGAGGACAGACAAUAGUGGGAUCAGGAAAUUCACAAGUGUAUGAUUUGACUGAUGAUCUCAGCAAGAAGGAAAAUAUUUUAGAGGUUCUUUAUCCUCUCUCUCAAACACAAUCAAUAAUGAAUAACCAACCCGUAAACACGUUUGGAAUUCAGGAAGAUGGAAACAAACUAAAUCCCACAAACACAAGCCUGGUUUAUUUCUCUGCAUGUAUAAAUGGUACUACUGAACUGCUUCAGUACACUCAAUGCCCGACCUCUCAGCUCCUGUGUGACUCCUGCCUUUACCCCUGCACUUCUGCUGCCUGCACCAACAAGCUGUGCCCCCUCGUCUCCACACUGCUAACCUGUGACUUGGUAUCAGAUCCACAGAGCAGAGUGUUUGGUUGUCCAACGUUCAGAGCCUGCCCUAAAUGUCAUAAUCUGAUUAUGCAUGAAAAAGGAUGCAAAUUUGUAAUAUGCAAAACAUGCACUCACCAGUUUUGUUUCAUCUGCUUGGAAGGUGAUUGUAGCAAGGAUAAAGCAAACUACUGGAAACUAACUUGCACAAAGCCGAGAGCAAAAAGACAGAGAUUUAUGGCACCACAAUCCUAAACAGAGAUUCCUCCCAGGGUUGGAUAAUAUUGUAUAAAAUGCAAAUGCAAGAUUUGUUAAUUGCUAUACAGAAGUGACAAGUAAAAAAAAUAUUUUCACAAACAUGCAAUCUACAAAACAAAAAUAGCAUUGCAUCGAUCCCAUCUUUUUCUCCUGUGCUUUAAAUCUAUGCUAUGACAUACACCUGACUGACUUGGAGUUUGGUUAGCAGGCAUAACAACUCAAGUAAACCUCAAUAAAGUAAGACUAGUUGACACAAGAUGGUUUGUAUCUUAUUAGUGAAACUGACUGUACAUUAUCUUUACUAUGACUCUCUGCCACUCUCUUGUAUACCUAAUAUGUAAGAAAUCUUAAAAUAACAGCUCAUGGUGCAAUACACCAUUCCAUUUAAAGUAUUAAUGCAUCUAAGGAUUCUAAGUAGCAACCUAUUAUUUAUUCGGUUCUACUUUACAGUUUACUUGUUUCCCUUGCAAUUGUAGUGUUUUUAUUGUUACUGUCAUCACUUCAUCUCAUUCAAUCUAACAGUAUUCAUAUUAAAGUCUUACACAACAAA